CAAAAAUAAAGUAAACAUUGGUUGUUGUGAAACGGAUUAACAUAUAAAAUAUUAGUUUUCUUCUAAAUAGCUCAGAUAUGUGCCAAAAUGAGUAAUAAGGCAGCGAAGGUCGCAGAACUGUUCACAAAAACGAUUGCUACAACAAAAUGUUUUGAUCAUAACCUACGAAAGGUAAAGGUAGUAUGCUGUGACAAUGGUAGAUUGGUGACCCAAUUCCAAGUUGGUCCUGAACAUUUGAACCAACGUGGUACUCUACAUGGUGGAUUUAUUGCACAUCUGGUAGAUGCAAUUUCCACAUAUGCACUAACGGCUAAUGAAAAAGUUGAUACCAGAGGGGUCUCAAUAGACCUCAGUGUGAGUUACAUGAAUGCAGCCAGAGAAGGUGACAAUGUAGAAGUUGAAGCUGUUACCAGAAAACUCGGCAAGAAGGUAGCCUUUCUUGAAGUGGAAGUUAGAAACAAAGACAACAAUCAAUUAUUAGCAACUGGUCGACAUACAAAAUAUGUAGGCAUUUGAACUAUGUAGUUUAUAUUUAAAGUAGUAAUGGCUGUAUAUAUUAUAAUUUUUUUAAG